AUCUUGGACUCUGUGAAUUAUCUUUAAAAGUUGCUAUUUCAGAAUAUAAUAUAGAAAUAUAUGAAGCUCUUUAUGAAGAUUUUGUUGGUACUACUCUUAUAUUCGAUGGAUGGACAAAUGUUAAUAAUAAACAGCUAAUGAUAUAA